AUGGCUGUCUCCUCUGAACGUUUGUGUAACGGAUCUAUGUCUGAUAUCGCCUUGAUAUCACCACAAAAUCCGAGCGACAGUGAAGAAUCAUCGGGUUUGCAAUACGAGGAGAAUCAGGCAAUCAUCUAUCAACAACAGCUAAGGCUAGGAGAUCACUGCUCGGUUUUUCAGGCCGAGCUGCUGGCCAUUCUGGGUGCAAUCAAAUGGUGCAUUAAUACGCUACGUUUGGACCGAGUUAAGAUUUUAACGGACAGUAGGGCUGCCUUGCAGACCCUGCAACAGUUUAAUGACACAAGCCAAUUAGCACUUGAUAUCAAGACUCUAAUAACGAAUAGUAAAAUGUCUGUAAGGUUCCAGUGGGUUAAGGCCCAUUGCGGCAUAAGCGGCAAUGAAGGCGCAGAUGCACUUGCUAAAGCAGCUACAAAUCUGGCUGAUAUAUCAUAUAAUAGAAUCCCAGUAUCCUACAUUAAAAGACAAUUAAGACAACUAACUAUUAAUGAGUGGCAGGAUGAGUGGAGUAACGGCAGCAAGGGAAGACACACUUUCUGGCUGCUUCCAAGUGUUGAGGAACGAAUGUACGAGCUUAGAUGGCUCAGACCCGAUUAUUACAUGACACAACUACUUACGAAUCAUUGCAUGACAAAAGAAUAUCUUAGAAGAGUCAACAGAACACAAGAUAUCUCCUGUGACUGCAAGAAUGGUGAUCACAACCUACAGCAUCUUCUAGAUGACUGUCUUAAACAUGAACAAGAUAGGAUGCAGCUUAGACUGUUAUCUAAUCAGACAUUUCAAACUAAUGACGGCCGGGUUGGUGCUGCCUUCCUGGUGAAGGAGAAUCAGGCAAUCAUCUAUCAACAACAGCUAAGGCUAGGAGAUCACUGCUCGGUUUUUCAGGCCGAGCUGCUGGCCAUUCUGGGUGCAAUCAAAUGGUGCAUUAAUACGCUACGUUUGGACCGAGUUAAGAUUUUAACGGACAGUAGGGCUGCCUUGCAGACCCUGCAACAGUUUAAUGACACAAGCCAAUUAGCACUUGAUAUCAAGACUCUAAUAACGAAUAGUAAAAUGUCUGUAAGGUUCCAGUGGGUUAAGGCCCAUUGCGGCAUAAGCGGCAAUGAAGGCGCAGAUGCACUUGCUAAAGCAGCUACAAAUCUGGCUGAUAUAUCAUAUAAUAGAAUCCCAGUAUCCUACAUUAAAAGACAAUUAAGACAACUAACUAUUAAUGAGUGGCAGGAUGAGUGGAGUAACGGCAGCAAGGGAAGACACACUUUCUGGCUGCUUCCAAGUGUUGAGGAACGAAUGUACGAGCUUAGAUGGCUCAGACCCGAUUAUUACAUGACACAACUACUUACGAAUCAUUGCAUGACAAAAGAAUAUCUUAGAAGAGUCAACAGAACACAAGAUAUCUCCUGUGACUGCAAGAAUGGUGAUCACAACCUACAGCAUCUUCUAGAUGACUGUCUUAAACAUGAACAAGAUAGGAUGCAGCUUAGACUGUUAUCUAAUCAGACAUUUCAAACUAAUGGUAUUGACUUAUACAUGGUAUUACGACAGAAAGACCUUGUGGGUGAAUUGAAGUCCUUCACGCGAAAGUUAUUGUCGUGAAUUAAAGGGGUGCGAGUUGUACCCCAAUGAUUGUCAAAUGAUAAAUUCUAAGGCAAGUAGCCUAUUGUAUAAAAGUCUUAUACAAACUUUUUUAUAUUGUUUAAUGUAACACGGUUUAAAGAUUAAUGAAUAAAAGUAAAGUCUCCCUUGUGGUGCAGAUAGCGGGGCAAGGGUGAUGCUGAUCCCCAGUAGGGGAAAUGAUG